AUACCAGAGGUUAAAUGCUGUUCACUGCCGACACCCAGUCCCUCCCUCCCUAAAGCUCAGAUCUCUUCCUCAUUCACAUUAUUGCUCUCAGUCUCACUAUCGCUCCAGCAUCCACCGGAUAAAGUCUUACUUUUUUUUUUUUUCAAAAUCAGGAAGUUGUUUCCUGCAAACACUUCUGCCAGUCGGUUGGCAAGUGGUUCAGCUUAAAUAAAGAGCCCUGUUUAUCUGACGUCUCUUCCUGAAGAUCUUAUCCUCCACCCGUCUUUCCAUUGUGAAGGGCACAGCACAGUUGGCGGUCAGCAAGUGAAGAUGUCUCUCCCGUUGUCAGUGCUGAUAUGUCUGUCACUUGUCCAGCUGUGUGUGGGAGAUCAGCCUGUGGAUGAAGUCAUCACAACAAAAAAAGUGCCUAUCUUGGGUGGCUGGUCUGACAGGAGUCCAGAGGCAGCUGAUGUGCAGCAGGCAGCUGAACAUGCUGUGAGGAUGUUCAACACGCACUCCAAAAACAAGCGGAUAUUCAAACUGGUCUCCAUCACGGCUGCUCAGAGUCAGGUGACCAACAUGAUCAACUUUAAGAUUGAUGCAGUUCUGGGAAAAACCAAAUGUCUCAAGUCUGAAAACCAUGACUUGCACAGCUGCAGUCUUAAUAAAAAGCAUCUCAAGUGCCACUUCCAGGUGACUUUCAACCCUCGUGACAACCAACAUGAGCUGAAGGGUCACAAGUGCAAGAAACUUGGGGAGAAGGUUUAACUUUUUCAUGGUUUAGCUCUAUAGCUUUUGAUGGUGAUUCAGAAGGAAUGUUUUCCAGCUCAGUUAAAGGGUUGGAUGUUUUGGCUGGUAGAAGACAGUUUAUAACAGUGGUCCGAAUAAAAAUUAGCUUGGAAAAAGUGA